AUGGAAUCCAAGCGGAUGAUACGGAGCGUGGGACAGCGGGUUCAUCAAAUCCCCCUCCUCUUUCAACUGCAGAUGGGAAGCCAGAUGACCCCCCCCCUGCCUUCAAAGACGGCACCUCCAAGUUAUCUUCAGAGGACUUUCUACGAUGCGGUCGUUCCGGAACUUCCGAAGGUCACUCAUCCGCUGGAAUAUGCCUGCAUUGCAUACAAGGUUUUGUACCGAGAGUAUGAAGAAACUCGGAGGUCACUCAAUGUCCUGCUUGAGUCUCGUGCCCAUGCAGAAGAUCAACUCCAGCAGUUGGAGGUUAUCAUUGCGAUGAGGAGAGCGGCGAUGGAGCUUCGGGGGAAUUCUUCGGGGGAGAAUCAUUCCGUAGAAAAGAGGGACGAUGCUUCGGGGGAAAAUCAUCCCAUGGACAAGAUGGAUGAAGGUCCAGAUCUGGGAAAUGCGGUUGUGGAUCUCACCGAGGAUAUGGAUGAUUCCCUGUAG